AUGUCCUCCACCCAGAAGGAGAACCCACCCAAAGCCAUGGCGCUAGCUACCGAAGGAUUUUCGGGAAAAAAACAUUACUGGGAAGUGGAGGUGGGGGAUAAACCAGAGUGGGAGCUGGGCGUGGUGUGUGAAGAAAUCAGAAAUACUCUAAGGAGCAGCAACACGACGAAUACUUUCCCAAAAGGGAAUUUCCUCAGCCUGCAGUUUUCUCAGGGAGAAUACAGCUCGACCGGUGGGAAGGACGUAAGAUAUUGCAAGCCCUGCGGCGUGGUAGGUGUUCUCCUGGAUCAGGAACGUGAUGAGAUUUCGUUUUUUGAUGUUGAAGAAAAAUGCCUUCUGGAGUGUUUCUCUUUUGAGAUUUCGGGGAAUCUGUACCCGUUCUUCAGCCCAGGCUCCGAUGGGAAAUGGUUGGGAGUGCGCCCUGUAAGCGCUAAAAACACCUUACCCUCUCUGUGA